AUGCCCUGGAAGUUUGUGAACAUAAUAAGCUCCCGAUAUUCUCGCACUUCCAGAGGCCCAACUGAAUGUGCUGCACCAGGCCGCCUCAUGUUUUGGUCGCUACGACAUUCGAGAUAUCGUGCAACUGAAUGUGCGGCACCAGGCCCCCUCAUGGUUCAGUCGCUACGAUAUUCGAGAUGUCGCGAUAAAUGUGCAUCUUCGUAA